UUUUUCUAAACAUGCAAAUCGGAGCUGAGGAAUUCAGUGUAUCGAAGGCCAAGCCUCCUCAUGACUCUGAGAUACACGGAGUACCGCGUUAUAAUUACUCUUAUUUAGAGUUCGGGAUAGUUUGCAAAGACGUCCUUACAGCAUACACCCUGGAAGAAACGCAGCCAACCCAGUCAGCUGGACCUCAUGGACUUCAUGUGAGCAUCGUUUCGGCAAGAUGUGAGAUGAACCAGGAGAAAGCAGCGACGGAGGCCAGCGACGCUAUGUUGGUCCGCGGCUCUAAUAGCCGAGGGCGUGCUAGAGUCAGCCAUGCUGUGGUGGUCAUCUUUCUAGAGUUCUUUGCCUGGGGCCUGCUCACGACACCUAUGCUGAAGGUGCUCCAUGAAACUUUCCCUCAGCACACGUUCCUUAUGAACGGUAUGAUCCAGGGAGUGAAGGGUCUCCUGUCGUUCCUUUCCGCCCCUCUGAUUGGUGCCAUGUCAGACGUGUGGGGAAGGAAGUCCUUCCUCCUCUUGACAGUCUUCUUCACGUGUGCACCCAUUCCCCUGAUGAGGAUCAGCCCAUGGUGGUACUUUGCACUGAUCUCUGUGUCGGGCGUUUUCGCGGUGACCUUCUCUGUCAUAUUUGCCUACGUGGCUGACAUCACCGAUGAGCAGGAACGCAGCACUGCCUACGGACUGGUGUCCGCUACCUUUGCGGCCAGUCUGGUCAUCAGCCCGGCUAUUGGGGAGUACCUGUCCGCCCAGUACGGAGACAGUCUGGUGGUGCUGGUCGCCACUGUGAUUGCGGUGGCGGACAUUGCCUUUGUGUUCUUUGUGGUUCCGGAGUCGCUGCCAGACAAGAUGAGGCUGAGCUCCUGGGGUUUCCCCAUCUCCUGGGAGCAGGCGGACCCCUUUGCUUCUCUGCGCCGUGUGGGAAAGGAUAGCACAGUGCUGCUGAUCUGCGUGACGGUCUUCCUUUCCUACCUCCCUGAAGCGGGACAAUACUCCAGCUUCUUCCUCUACUUAAAACAGGUGAUCAAGUUCUCCAGCAGCCAUGCUGCUUACAUCGCCAUGGUGGGGAUUCUGUCCAUCAUCGCCCAGACGGUGCUGCUCAGUGUCCUCAUGAGAACGGUAGGGUAUAAGAAGACGGUUCUACUGGGUCUGAGCUUCCAAGUGCUGCAGCUGCUGUGGUACGCCUUCGGAUCCGAGCCCUGGAUGAUGUGGGCGGCCGGCACCAUAGCAGCGCUGUCCUCCAUCACCUUCCCGGCAGUCUCUGCUCUGGUCUCACAUAGUGCCUUGCCGGACCAGCAAGGAGUGGUCCAGGGCAUGGUGACUGGGAUCAGAGGCCUAUGUAACGGCCUGGGUCCCGCUCUCUACGGCGUCAUCUUCUUCAUGUUCAACGUAGAACUUGAUGAAAUCACGCCGGUCACGGCAGAGAGCCACUCUCAGUCCGUGAUCCCCGGCCCCCCCUUCCUGUUUGGAGCGUGUGCCGUGAUUCUGGCCCUGGGCGUGGCCAUCUUCAUCCCCGAUCACCACCGAUCACCCGAGGAUAAGGCCGGCAGCAUCUCUACCACCCACUCCCAGAGCGCCAACCCCCUGGCCAUUCCCACCAGCGACACGGAGGACCAUGAGCCCCUCCUGCAGGACAGCAGCAUGUGAACGGUGUCACGUAGCCUCUCCGAUCACACCACCUGUCACGGCCGUGCGCUUUGCCCUGCCUUCUCUUCUCCCCGUCUCUCUCCAUUGCCCCCCCCCCUUUCAAGUAACCCUGCCUCAGUAAACAUAUGUUAUCCAGAACUUUCUAAAGACUUAUUUUUCUUUCGCGUGCAAAGCAGUUGUGAGUGACUUGUCCGACACAAGAGCAUACAUGCAUGGAUGUACGCAUGCACACACACACCCACAGUGAUCGCAGGAAGGCCCCGUUAGAGGAGGAGCCGGGACGUUUUUUUUAAUUGCUUUGGUCUGACCGACGCCGAGAAGAGGACAGAGACACUUUGCCUCCUGGUAUUAUUUUUUAGAAUCCUUUGGACUGUGAGUCUUUUCCCGGACUUCACCCAGGUGUUUCUAGAGGUUGUACCCCGGCUAUGCCUCUGGGGAAGGGGGCAGAGCAGGCAUGGCCGACGGGAACUCUUUCCUCAGGGACCACAGCUCUCACCAAUGUCCUUCCCAUGUGUGUGUGGUAAUCUGGAACCAUGUCUUUCAUUAUAUUGCCAUGGAGAUGACCUCCACGUUAUGUACGUUAUCAGCUAUUCUGGAAUCGUCCGUUACUUCGGCAACCGUCACAGGGGUGAGUGUGAGGGUGCGUGUGAGUGUGUGUGUGAGAGAUGAAGUCAGUCCAGCAAGCCACCGUGAGGCAUACUUUUUUAAAAAGUAAUUUCCCACAAAUUCCUUUUGUUUUAAUGCUUCAAGCAUGUUUUUCCCGACGCAUACCGAGCAGAUGUAAAAUUGCUUCUUCGUGUUACCUGCCAUAUUGGGUAGGGUAAAUGAAGCCCUUGUAAUUUGAAAGUGAAUGAAAGUUACUGACAUUGUUUUUGCCAAGGUGUGUCUGUCAACCAGGCGACUAGGGAGUACAAUUACUGUGCCAUCUCGGGAUGAGGAUCUUUUAAAAUGCCAACAAACCUGGAAAAGACAUUCCAGAUUCACCCACGCCCCCCGGGCAUGUGACUGCUGGCCACUCGGUGCUAAGCCCUUCUCUAAUCUAGACUAGUCUCAGUACUUAGCCCUGGUAUAGCCUAGCUAGUCUCAGUACUUAGCCCUGGUAUAGUCUGGCCUGGUCUCAGUGCUUAGCCCUGGUAUAGUCUAGUCUAGUCUCAGUACUUAGCCCUGGUAUAGUCUAGUCUGGCCUUGUCUGGGUUUAGCUUAAAGCCUAGCCCGGUUUAGCCACUAUCCUCGCCAUGGCUAAGCAAUUUUACUUAUGUACUUCUAGUCCAUCAAAAGUGAAGAUAUAUUAUUUAUAAGCCUGAUUUCCUCUGAAACUUGAAGAAAUGUCAGUCAUAUCAAACGUUUCCUUCUUUAAACAUGGUCAACAUAAAUAGUACUGCUACUCAUUCCCCUCCGGUCCUAGACUUUUCAACUGCUUCCCUCCCACUAAUUGGAUAUUGGUAGUAUACAUAGUCCUAUAUUAUUAAUAUAUUAACUUGAUAUGGGUUAUAUUCUAAUUGGCUGUGGGUAACCCUUCUAGGCUGUGCAUCUCUAGAUCUUGACAUCCCGGCUGCAUGUGUAUAGUGUAGCUUCCCUCCUGUUUGUGUUAGCG